CGUGCAGGCGGAAGUGCUCCGCUCCAAGCACAGAGAGGUUGCUAGUAGAGAUAAAUGUGUGCCGAGAGCAACUAGCAGCCGAAAUGUCCACCGGAGUCGGAAAGCACAAGAUGCUGGCCCUCGGGCCAACAGAGCCGUGGUCCAUCCGGGAAAAGCUGUGCCUGGCAUCCUCAGUGAUGAGGAGCGGAGAUCAGAACUGGGUGUCUGUGAGUCGAGCCAUCAAACCUUUCUCCGAGCAGGGCCGCCCUCCAGACUGGUUUUCUCAAAAGCACUGCGCUUCCCAGUAUUCAGAGCUCCUGGAGACCACAGAGGCCCCGAAGCGGAAGCGUGGUGAAAAGGGAGAAGUGGUCGAGACCAUCGAGGACGUGAUCGUGCGCAGGCUCACAGCAGAGAGGAUUGACGAGCUCAAAAAACUCCUCAAAGACACACAGGAGAAAUACAGGAAGCUGAAGAAGGAGGUUGACUUGAUUCAGGCAGGACACAUGGACUCCAAGCUUGAGGAGCUCUGGGGAGAGAUUGAACAAAAAAAGAAACAGGAGGAGGAGGAGGCUGAGCAGAAGAAGAGGGCUACAGAGGCGGCCUAUCAGGCACGACAAGCUGCUAAAAACACAAAGAGGCACCCAAGCAUCACCGUACGUUCUCCCCUGGGGGCUGGGUCACCCAGCAUGGAUGUCUCACAGCCUGACACUCCUCAGCCAAUUAUGGAUGAGUCCUGUCCCAGUCCUAUGACACAGGGCGUGCCAGUGUUCAUUCCGGUGUCUGAGUCAACCGGUCCAGUGCAUAAAGAGGGAAGUCUGGGUUCUCUGAUAGAUGAAUCCCCACAGAAGAAGCUCCCGAAUCAGAAAGCCACGCCCCCACCUUCGCCGUUGUUGUCUGAGCUGUUGAAGAAAGGUAGCCUCCUAUCAGCCAGCCCCAGACUGGUGGUGGAAGGCGAGGUGGCUGCAGCUCUCAGUAACGGUGCUCACAGUGUGGAUCUUCACGUCCCUACAGCCGUUCAUUCCACCAGCCAUGACGUCUCGACAGAUGCGCCAACAUUAUCACGUUUGUUGGAAGCCGCUCCCCCAGUCCAGAUGUCAGCCAGCGCUGAGCCCACUAACCCCCCCACUGUAGCUCCUCCCGUCUCUGGACACCACUUUAUACCCAGCACAGGAGCUGCAGUAGCAGAAUGUUCUGGUCCAGAGUCAGUGCUGACGGUACAGUCUGGGUCGGAGCAGACAGAGGAGCGAGAGGGUGAGCUUGUGGAGGAUCUGGUGGCUGUGUCUUACAUGGAAGACGAGUUGGACCUGGAGACAGUGGGGGACAUUAUAGCUAUUAUUGAAGAAAAGGUGGACGACUCGGUGGAGGUUUUGGAUGCAGCAGCAGUUGAGGCUGCUCUAUCGCUAUGUGAGGAGGCAGUAGCCGGGGGUCACUCUCUCUCAGACCCCUGGGAGUCACAGCCCUUUAAACCCCCCGAGCCGGAAUCUAGAGUUUUUACCACACCCCAGCUUAGCUCUCCCUCUCCUGCGUCCGCCGCUAUUGUGGUAGAAUCCGUCAUGGUGGAAGAGAUAGGACAGACUGGAGUGUCCGAGCUGCCCACGGAGGACCACGAAUCCGCCCCCGCGGCAGUUCCGGGAAACGCACGUGAGCCUGAGACAGCAGGAGGAGAAGAAGAGAGGGAAGGAGAAGAGGACGGAGCAAGGGAGGAGGAACAGACGGAGAACAGGACACCCAGUCCGUCUGUGAAGUGCGAGAGCGAGGAGUGGACGCAGCCGGAGGCUGAGACACCCUGCCUCGACUCUGAGGACAGCUCUACCUCCGGGAGAGACCCGAAGGAAGUGAAGGACGAAGACGGAGGGAGUGAGGUGGAUGCAGACGAAGGGAUGGAGAUGAAAGAAUGCGGAGAGGGACCAUAUCUUUCAGAGGUGGACCCCCCGGCAAGCGAGAGCGAGGACGGGUACGGCACCAACUCCCAGCGCUACACCACAGCAGACUCCACCGCCAGCAGCCCCGCCUCAUCCCAGUUUUUAUCGUCUGCUGUUGUCCUGCUGCGUGCCAGUUCGAUGUGCAGUGAGGAUCAGGAGGCUUUGCAGGCCCAAAAGAUAUGGAAGAAGGCCAUCAUGUUGGUGUGGCGGGCAGCAGCCAAUCACAGGUAUGCAAGUGUGUUUCUGCAGCCUGUAUCCGAUGACAUCGCCCCUGGCUACCACAGCAUCGUACACAGGCCCAUGGACCUGUCCGCAAUCAAAAAGAACAUCGAGACGGGGCAGAUCCGGACGACGGCCGAGUUCCAGCGAGACAUCAUGCUUAUGUUUCAGAACGCGGUCAUGUACAACAGCUCGGACCAUGACGUCUACCACAUGGCCCUGGAGAUGCAGCGCGACGUCCUGGAGCAGAUCCAGCAGUUCCUGGCGACCCAGCUCAUCAUGCAGACGUCCGAAUCGGGCAUCAGCGCCAAGAGCCUCCGCGGGCGAGAGGCCAACCGAAAACAAGACCCCAACGACAAGAGCCUGAGCCCAGCACACAAUGAUGCACAUUUAGAGCCAGAACCAGCAGCCAUGUCCAGAAGGAAAAGGAACAACUCCAAACAAGAUACUAUUAAACAGGAUGGAGGCACCAGAGGGCGCCGCAGUGCUAUAGAGGCUGAUAUGAAGAUGAAGAAAUGAACAGGAUCCGCAAAGCCUUAAGCAUCUCUCCCUCUCUCUUUUUUUUGUUUGUCACCUGGACUUAUUGCAGGACAGACCAGUGCUCUAAUGUGGACAAGAGUGUGUGUGUGUAUGGAAUUACACUUGGUAAUCUAUCCUACCUUUAGUCUAGCAAGCAACAAGUCACUCGCAUGCACGUGUGUAUAUCGUCAGUUGUGAAAAAGUGGUGGAAGCUAUACGUGAGUUUUACAGUUCGUAGAUCAAAAUAAAAUUCAACCAAAGUUUUUCGCACUAAUGGUUGUGCAGUUUGGGUUACAAUGAAGAAGCUGAAGUCAGCAUUAACAGAAAUAAAUUGAGCCAGAGUAGACUUAAGUCAGCACUAUCAUAAAAAAACAAGGUGGCAAAAAAAAAGUAAGGCAAAGAUAAAGUCAGUUAGUCAAAUAUGUGAUGUUUAAGAUUUUGCAAUAAAGACAGUGUGGCUUUUUUUUUUUUAAUACGUAAUCCGCAUGCACCUGUGAUCUCUGACUUGCUGUAGUCUAUUAAACACGGACUUCUCGUGUAGCUGAACACUGCCCUCUUAGACAACUGGAUUCGCUUAACAUCAUAUAAUUUCAUUUGUAAAUACAAAGAUAACAUCGCUGAUGAAGAUCAGAGUCGUAGUGUACACACACAUCUGCUCCUGUUGUGGGAACAUUCAUACUGAUACAAGUCGUUCAGUCACAUGCACAUGGCAUCAUCCUACAGAUACGGAUCAGCAGCUUUGGUUAAUGGCAGGUAAAGAUAUGAGAGGCGUAUGUUCCUGUCUGACAGGAGAGGAACACGAUUUGAUCUUCACUGUUGAAGCGCAUCCACAUAAAGUUUUGACGUGCAUAAUGAGAUUGAAUAAGUCUAUAAUGAAUGAAAAUCUCUAGAGAUCAGCAUUUAUGCUUUAGAAAUGCUCAAAGCAGCCCGUCUGCCACCAACAGUCACUGUUUAAGAUCACAUGUUUAUUUACAUCAUUAUGAUCUUUCAUGUGAACAUUAGCUGAAGCUCUUGACCUGUAUAUGCACCGUAAUGUACAGGUGUUCCUAAUAAAACGACAGGAUUUAUCUCCAAUCAAUAGACGGACAUGGUGGUGAACGUCGAGCACGUGUGUUUUUUGGAUAAGUGGUGUAAAGGGGAACAUUGUGUAAAUUUUAUUGUUUAAUGGUUCCUUUAAUCUACUCGGUGUCUACUAAAUGUCAGUAGAUGUGCACUGUCUGCGCUCAAAAAUCAACUUGUGUGUAAAAUAAAUUCCUUAAAAUGUAGCUAAGGAAAUGUCCUGUAUAAAAAACGUGUAUGUUUAAAAGAACCUUUUUCUACUUGUUGUAAUUUAUGUGUGGUAAUAAAACUUAAAACUGAAAAACAAA